AUGGCGGCCGUCAAUCGAAACAUGUUCGAUGCCAGCAUCGUCACCGAUCGCCCCGGCGGCGCGUCGUUGAUGGUGCUGCCGCUAAACUUGAUCGCCCAGAUCGUGUCAAACGUCGAUGAUACAGGUGAUCUUGCCAGAUUAUGCCGAACAUGCCGCGUUCUCAACUACAUGGCGCUACCGCAGCUCUAUCGGAGCUUGACCCUCACCUCUUACAGCAAGAUUCGUUAUCGUGAUGAACAACCCGAAGGAGUCGGAAGCGCAAGCCCCUUUACCAUGGGGCUGAAUGCAGUGAUCACUCGACCUUUCGCGACGCUUGUGCAGUCGAUCUCACUCCGUGGAUAUUGGAAAGAUAAUGACUUGGAGGAACAUGCCCAGGUCGGUCGUGUGCCGGACUCGGCGAUGCUGUUGAAUACAGUCGUCCGAGCGGCGAUUGAUCGCAUGACAAGCUUGGAGAGUUUUACCUGGGACCUGAACACCAAAAUGCUUGAUACAGUCUAUACGGGACUUACACAAUUACCUCGACUCUACUCUUUAACUAUACGAUUCCCCUCUACCCGUCAUCCGCAACCAACUCAUGUGCUUCCCCCUAUGCCUCAUCUGCGAUCUUUAAAAAUCACCGAUAUCGACCCGCUAUGCUAUCCCGAUGAUAUUUCCACAAUGCUCUGGAAGAGCAAAAAAUUGCGCGAUCUCCGGCUCCAUUGGUCACCACGAAUGCGCUUGGCGCAAGAGCCCAGCGUUUCUGUGCACGAGUACUUCCGAAAAUGUACCGCAGCAAAACAGCCUCUGUCCGUGAAAAGGCUUGCAUUUCAAAAUAUGUAUGCCUUUCACAGCGAGGAGUUCAAUUUCGCUUUUGACCCCACAACGGUGGAAGAUGUCACAUUCUUAAGUGGGACAGAUACCACAGGAUUAAUUAACACGUUCGUGGAGAACAGUUGGCCGACAAUGCCACCUCAUAAACAAUUGAAAAUCAAGUCCAUCCGCAUGGAUGCGAUCUCAAAACGAAAUGCAGAGUUCUUGGGAAAUUUUAAAGGACUCGAGCGUCUAUACUUCGUUAAUGUCACAUCCGAGCACAACGAUUACCUCAAUUCCUCUCGGCCUGCAAGCAUGGCCACCUCAUCAGCACUCACACCCCCUGCUUCCGAUUAUCCGAAUGUUGGACCUAAUGGUAUAUCGGGCAAUUCGCCCGCUGCUCUGCAUUCUCCAGCCAGUCAGUUGAACGUGGUUCUGAACGGACGAGAUAGUUAUCUAUCCGGCAUUACGUUGAACCACGGCGCAACAUUACGCCAUUUGCUUCUCUCUUCUAAAUGGCCCCUCUCCACGUCUAUGGUCGCUCGACUUGUCCAUAGUUGUCCGAAUCUGGAACAAUUGGCUCUUGCAACGGAAUUUUCAAGCAUGGAGUCACUCGGAAUGCUAGUUCCAUUCCUGCGGAAGCUAGUAGCUCUGCGGCUCCUGAUCCCUGCCGGCUCUCCGCCACCGCAGACUGGUCCAAGCCGGGGAACUCAAAGUAGCCAAAAUAGCCCCGCAGACAGCGCAGAAAACCCUUUCAAGAAAGCGCAAAGGCUCCACUCCAAAGCAUUUUCCACGGCAGGCAACUCACUCAAACUUCGUCCGGACAUCGAAGAGCUUAAAAACAGUGCCCGUAGUCUGGCUGAUAUCGUGGAUAUUGAUGACGAGGUCCUUAUCGAUAUGAUGAGUUAUGACCUGGCAGACAAGAAUGUUUUCGGUCACGUCAAGAUUGUUGGAAUGGGUUGGAAAGCAUUUGAAUUGCGGGACUUUUAUAGAGUCCCGAUGCCUAUUGUGGAAGAAGAUGAGGAAUCUGAAACACCUUUUACGAAUACGCCGGAUGAGACGUUCCAGAAUGGAAAUCAAAAUGGCACCCAUGCCACGAUUGCGCGUACACCAGAAGGUCCAGGCGCUAUUUCAAGUUCCGUCGCUCCUGGCCUUCGCGCAGAAAUAGAUGCCUCUCGUGCAGGAAUCAAUAUUCCUCCAUCAACUUUGGGCAAACGUGCUCGAAGUGAUGAUGAUAGUGCACCUUCAGAUAGGCAGUCUCAGACAACAAGAACACCAUCUGAAUUCAGAGAAACAGCGUCCCGUGGACAACAAAUGUGUGUGUCAGAUCCUACUUAUGCUGAUGAUGGCCAAAUAUGGAGACGAAAUAUGCGGCGCGUGGGCUGGGACGUUCUUAAGAACUGGGAGAUCUGGUCUUUAGAUGCACAGGAGAUUUGA